UUCCCUAACAUUAUAGGAUAUUCUAGUUCAAUGUCAAGAAUGUCUGCUGCAAUUUACCCCCACAUACAUCACCGAUAAGCUAGCUACCCUCUACUCCUCUACUAUAUAAACACACCAAUUUUGCAAGAAAUUAUCCAAAUUACAAACUAACCAAAUUACUUAACAUUAUUAUAACAUGGCUUCAUUUUUCCAUAUAGUUUUGUUACUUUUAUUGUCAAUCACAUAUUCUUCAGCUGAUAAUCCCACAGAAUACUGCAAUCCAAACACUGUCAUAAGCAGUAGUAGCCAAAUAUCAGCUAACAUAGACCACUUGUUAGCUGAUAUAAUCACCAAAUUUCUGCAAGGUGACACCUUUGUCGAGGCCUCGUAUGGCAACAACAAGGACACAAUCUAUGGCCUAGCUCAAUGCAGGGGUGAUUUAAGUUCAAAGGACUGUUUGGACUGCAUCCAAGACGCAGCCAAACAGGUCCGAAAACUCUGUCCUACCCAAUCUGAUGCCCGAAUUUGGUAUGACUAUUGCUUCCUAAGGCAUAGUCAGGAUAAAUUCUUUGGUAAUGUAGAUACCUUUCCAGGCAUAUUAUAUAAAAACACAGAAAAUGUAACAAAUCCUGUUAUGUUCAACAAAGAGUUAGGGAACAUAUUCGAUAAGAUUGAUUCAAAGGCGGUCAAGCCUUCGAGUGGAGGGCUAGGGAAAGAUCAGAAGAAGUUGACAAAUUUUGAGACCUUAUAUGCUUUGGUUCAGUGCACAAGGGACUUAUCUCCUCUGUCUUGUGGACAAUGUUUGGCUCAAGCAAUUCAGAAUUUUGAGGGAUUCUGCAGUAAUAGUAUUGGUUGCAGAGUUUUGUAUAGUAGUUGUUAUGUUAGAUAUGAACUCUACCCCUUUUUCUUUCCUUUAGAAGGUCAAAAUUCAAAAAAUAAGGGUCAUUAUACAAGGAAAUUAGUCCCUAAUCAUCAUUAAGGUGCCCCUAAUUGUUACAGUAGUACUGUGGAAUUACAGAAGGAAAUAAGCAGACAAUAAAAAUGUUUUUUUUUUUUUUUAAAAUAAAUUGUGAUUGAAUUGAAAGUAAUUAAGGGUUUUUCAGGCUUUACAAGAUGUGUUAUGUAUAAUGUAUUGAUUAUUGAAUUAUAAUAAUAAAAUUUCCUUCGGUUGAAUUUUUGUGUAUCAAAUUAUGAUAGAAGAUUAAGAUAUGCUUUCAUCAAACAUUGUCAUGUGAAAUCUUCUUACA